AUGGUGUAUCCAGAAACUUUCGAAGGAUUUCAAGUCGAUUCAGCAGAAACAUGGACAGAGUUCAAGAAACGAGAACUCAUCCCCAAACCCUUCGGCCCCUACGACGUCGAGGUGAAAAUCCUCGCCUGCGGCGUCUGCGGCUCCGACGUCCACACCAUCACCGGCGGCUGGGGCCCCAAAAACUUUCCCCUUUGCGUCGGCCACGAAAUAGUCGGAGAAGCAAUCCGCGUCGGUCCCUCUGUCACUCUCAUCAAACAAGGACAGCGAGUUGGAGUGGGAGCACAGAUCUAUUCCUGUUUAGACUGCAAGCAGUGUAAAGAAGACGACGAGACGUAUUGCAAACACCAGGUUGAUACGUAUGGUGGGAUUUGGCCCGGUACGGAUACGGUGCUGCCGGGUGGAUAUUCGAGCCAUAUCAGGGCGCAUGAGCACUGGGUCUUCCCCAUCCCCGAAAAAUUGGAAACCAACCUCGUAGCACCUAUGCUCUGUGCCGGCCUAACAGCCUUCUCACCCCUCGUCCGCAACGGCUGCGGACCAGGCAAGAAAGUCGGCAUCGUAGGUCUAGGCGGCAUUGGACACUUCGGGGUCCUUUUUGCCAAAGCCCUCGGAGCCGAAGCAUGGGCCAUCUCGCGUUCCCACUCGAAAGAAAAGGACGCGCUUGCUCUUGGAGCAGACGGCUUUAUUGCUACUGAAGAUAAAGACUGGAAUGAGCCCCAUAUCAUGACGUUUGAUCUGAUCGUCAACACUGCGAAUAGUAGUGAUGGGUUCGACUUGGGGAAAUACUUGUCACUACUGGGCGUCCACAAGAAAUGGGUUUCGGUCGGCUUACCAGAAGGAGAGGGACAGAUGGUUAGAUCUCAUGAUUUCAUGAUGAACGGAUGUUUCAUUGGAGCGAGUCAUUUGGGGAGUCGGAAGGAGAUGAUUCGGAUGUUGGAGUUGGCGGCCGAGAAGCAGAUUGAGCCUAUGGUAGAAACGAUCCAGAUUUCGGAGGCAGGUUGCAAAGAAGCUGUUACUAGGAUGAAGAAGAACGAUGUUCGCUACCGAUUCACUCUCACGGGGUUUGACAAGGCGUUCAAGUAG